AUGGGAGAAAGCGAAGUUUCAAUGGUAUCCGAAGCGCCGCCAAGCACAAUAACGAAUCAACCAUUUCCUGCAACAAGUACAAAGGUGUAUUACCAUAUUGACGAUGAACCAACUCCUUACCUCACUGAGGUCCACGUUCCACCUGAUUUGAUAACACUGGGAGACGUCAAACGGGUACUUAUGAGAUCAAAUUUCAAGUAUUACUGCAAAGCCCUCGACCAAGAUACAGGGUGUGAAGUGAAAGCCGAAAUUCGGGAUGACAUGGAACGGCUGCAUCGUUCCUCGAAUGGACGCUUUGAGCUGUUUCUGCUUACUACUGAGGGUUCAACACAUUCCGAUGGCUCAUCUGGUCUUCCUAAGACUGCAAGGCACCAUAUGGUGCCAGGACCAGCCCCAACAAGUAUGUAUCAUCUUAGUCAAAAUGCAUACCGUCAAGCUGUGCACCAAUACGAUAAUAGC